AGACAUAAUUUUCAUAGAGAAACGAUAACUAGCUGACAUGUCAAGAAAGACUGAAGAAGACGUUGUAUUUGUACCCGUGGAUGAAUUAGAAAAAGAGUUAGGAAGCGUUGUACAAAAGCUGAUGAAUGAGUUACGGAAAUCCCAUUCAAGAAAUAGAGAUUUGGAGAAGGAAUUGCAAUCAACGGAAGAAAGAAAUGCAAUAACAGAAGAAAGGUUACAUGCAAUGACAGAUAAAAAGAAAAGAGAAGAAAAAUGCUUUAAAGAAGAGUUCAUGGCGCUUAUGGAUAGCCAUAAAAGGUUGGAAAGUCAACUGCACAAGAAGAUUAGCAGUGAAAUAUCUUUAAAUCGUGAUUUAAAGAAAAAAGAAACAGAACUUCAAGGAAAAGAGGAGGUCAUACAGAAGAAGAAUAGUGACAUGGAGGCGCUAAACAAGCAUAUUUCUGACAGCAAGAUCUACAUAGAAAAAUUGCAGAGUCGUAUAGAUGAUAUAACUGAGAAUAAAGCAAAAGAUGACUUGCUGCACAAAGAAACCGUGGAAAGUCUGCUUAGCCGAAUAGAGAAUAUGGAGGCCCAGAAAACACAAGACGACUUGUUGCAUAAAGAAACUGUCGAAGGUCUGCAGAGUCGAAUUCAAGAAAUGUCCGCCGAAAAAACGGAUACUGUGAAAAAACUGCAAGCGCACGUAGAUGAGGAAAGAAAAAACCGUUUUGAGUUAAGUUAUCAGUAUAGCCAGCUGAUUCAGACAACGCAAGCACCUGAAAACGUAAAGAAACCGUAUGACCCAGAACAUCAAAUACAAAGUUUAUUGCUGCUGAGACAAGAUAAAGAACAACAGACUGAGAUCAGUCAUUACAUAGCAGAACUCAGUGACGAAAAAAAACCUACCAAACUUACGGAGGAAUUUUCAGAGUUGUAUGAUAAUGAAUGGAUUGAUGCUUUUGAAGAUACAUUUAAAGGAAAUGAGAAACAGACGGCCGACUUCAUGUUGAAACUGUUAAUGCGCGCCAAUGAGAUAUGCCGAAACGCAUGCUCGGAACACACAAGCGCUAUAAAACGAAGCUUUUGUACACUUGUCAUCGAGACUGACCCGCCUAUGGGAGAAGUGUGUGGUGAAGUACCUGGGAGAAUUGCAUCGGUUGGCUCAAAAGGAAAGAGGCAAGCAUCGGACGAUAGACACGGAAGAACGAAUAUAGCAAAACAAAAAAAAAAUAUCGAAACGGACUUUGAGCAAACACUAAGAAAUGAGGAGAACAAAACUGUCAUAGAAAUAGGAAAGUUUUUCAAGCAACGACUCUCAGAAGGCGUAGAGAAGGUAGGAACUGAGAUCAUAAUGGAAGAACAAAGUAUAAACCAAUGCUCGAAGUCUGUUGUAGCGUACAUUCAGAAGUGUAUGAAUAUCUGCUGGUCAAUGUGCAGACACGUGCCACCCGUGCAUGUUGACUUCCCUGAUAUUUCUGGAGACAUUCCCUUCGAUACGAAUAAAUACAAACCCUAUACGAAAAGCGGUAAAUAUGUACAGUAUAUUGUCUGGCCUGCAGUGUAUCUUCAUGAAGGUGGACCUUUGUUGUGUAAGGGUAUUGCUCAAGGAAGAAAUUAAACAAUAAAUGUGAUAUGUCACUAGCAUACACGUAUGACGGUUUCAGAUUUCGGAUUUCGGUGUGAUUGAAAAACCAUGCUCAUGAAUAUAAUUACUUGUAUAUAAUUCUAAAACAUCAUCGUCAGAGUAGGAAAGUAUGAAGGAGUGGAUCUUAAAGCCGUUGUUACAAGUUUUCUAGUAUUUGAAUGUUGUAGUCUUAAUGAAAUUAUAAUUGUUGGACAGCAUUUUAAUUAAUCUCCUGCUGCUUCUGUUGUAAACCUAUAUCAUUUUGAUUGCAAUAUAAUAGUAAAAUUGAACGUAAAACAGUGUAAAUUGAUAGAAAAUGCACCAGUUACGUGCUAUAAAUCUAAAUAUGUUCAUCAAAAUAAUUCAAUAUUUUUAAACAUCGUUUUAAAUGGUAGUUAACCGCCUCCAUAGCCUAGUGGUAGUUCGAUCCCCAGUCGCGUCAUACCAAAGACGUAAAACAAAUGGUACCAGUAGCUCCCUAGCUUGGCGCUCAGCAUUAAAAACAGGAAACAAGACUGUAUUUAGAACGUUUAUGAGGGCAACGCUGUUCGGAGCAGUAUACUCUAAAAGACAUCUGUGAAGCUGACGACGUUAAUUAAGCAAAUCUAUUCAGGGAUUCAGCGGAUAGAGUUAAUCAUUCAAAACCAACCUUGAUCAUUUUAUCUGUUCACUGGAAAUAUGUCUACCAUGUUUUAUGAUCUUAGGUCAAGCUGGUUUCAAAACAUCGAUCUAAAACGGUUUUUAUGAAAUCAUUUACAGUGACCUUAUGAGCCUACGACCCAAAAGCGACCGUUCAGGGCCGUUCAUGACGAUGAGCAAUUGUGCCAGUCAAAUUAGAUGACUGUAGAUCAAGGCUGACUCACAAUAUUGAGCGGAAACAGAUUAUGUAUUUAUCAAUCAUUGUUCAAAUGCAAUUAAUUUCUUUCUGUUUCCAUGGUAACGGCGAAAAUAUAGCCAUAAAACCUCAGUUUUGUAUUAUCAAAACAAAAUCUUUGUCAUUUUCUCAUAUUUUAUUUUUUAUCUUAUUUUACUUUAUGUAGUUUGUACUAUAUUACUUGUAUUUCAUCCACCACAACACACUAGAAGAUUGUUGUUAUUUCCCUACCAGUGUUUAGCCGGAGGGGUCUUAUGUGUUGCCCCCAUAUGCCUGUCAGUCCGUCAGUCAUGCAAAGUGGGAUACUGUGAUAGCUUUAAAAGUACAAUAUAAUUUUUCAUGAAACAUGGUACAUAGAUGGAUGGCAAUGUGGAGAAUGCCAAAAUCAUUUAAAUUUGUUGUUAUGGCAACUAAUGUGGUUGCUAUGGCAACAACUAGUUUAAUAACAUGACAAAAAAGUGUCAUCCUGCUAUGUUUUUGAAAUAAUGGAGAUUGUUUCUCGACAAAUUGUACAUAGAUAGAAAGAAAAAUUAAGAACAUAAUAGUUAUCUUAUUAGGCAUUUUUACACCCGUUCGUCUGUCUGUAUGUCUGUCCAUCAGUCAAAAAUGGUGAAUUUUUCUAUAACUUUAGAAUAACAAAUUUUAAAGAUUUCUUAAUGAAACCUGGUUUAUAAAUGGAAAGUAGU